AUGCCAACAGCGGAAGAAGCACUAAGUCACCUCUCGCACGAAACGCCCAUCGGCGCCAAACUCCGCCAACAGAAAAACCUCCGCCAAAACUACCCCCUAUUAUACAAGCCAUUCAAGUUAUUCUACAACUACUACUACUCCUGCCCCGUGGUUUACUACAGCCAAGGCGAAGCAUUGAUAUACCACAUCGUGACUAUCACGUUGGUGGUGUUGGUGGGGUACUAUCUCUUGUGGGUUGUGCCUUGGGUGUUGGUGAAGUGGAGCGAGGGCAUCUUUUAUUACGUGACGGGCUCGCGUGCUAAUUUGCUGGUGGUUACUUCGCUCUGGCGGGGGCAGGCGGUGAGUUAUGGUAAUUCGACUUUGAACCGUGCUUUGUUUGGGCUAUUGUAUGAGAUGUCGGGAAAGCAUUAG